UGGGUGGGUGCGCCCCAUACGUAUGCACACCUGCAGUUCUGUGUCCGUGCCUGCUAUGCCCUCCGCGCGCCGGAGUGACGUGUCGUGAGGAUCGGCCGCGCAGUGAGCGGCGCGCCGCCCCGUCAUGUUGCGAGAGGAGCUGGAGGAGGCCUUGCGUCAUGAACCGCACCGAAAGCCGGCCACGGACGGCUGCGCUCCGGAGGAGGCGGCCGCCGAGCGCGGUCGGCCGCGCCUAGCCGCCGUCCGAUCUGUGUCGGACCCGGCGCCGGCGGGCGAGGCGCCGCUGGUCGACGUGCUCGACUGGGAGGCGCUGGUGGCGCUCGGCGCGGCCACCGCCGCCCAGCCGCACCCCAACCUGGACCGCUGGCGCGAGAAGCUGCGCCAGCGCGGUCUCGAGCGCUGGAAGGAGAAGCUGCGCGCCAAGCGGGCGCAGGACGAGGAGCGCGAGUCGUGGGGGCGCAUCGAGCGGCUGAAGCGCGGCGCCAGCCAGCCGAACCUCUGGCAGCGUCCCAAGUCGCCCGACGCGGCGGCGCGCAGUUUCGAUAAGUACCACAUCAAGGACCCGAAGCAAGGCUUCAGUGCAUGGGCGCAGCGCCACCUGGCCAUGAUCGAGGAGGCACACAUCCGCUGA